AUGUUAAACAGUCGAAAAAGUAGCCAACGUCAUCGUACUAUCGUACGUCAAGUCAGCCAAGAUGAUUCUGAAAGUGGCUUAUCGUCGUCGUCAGUAUAUCAGUCAUGCAGACCAACGCGAAAGCAGCGGAAACAAGAGCAGUUUUAUCUCAUGCGUGGAGCGGAUGAAAAGGAGCCAUUUUUGGAGGUAGUUGAAAAAUCAAGUUUUGGGUCGGCAGUAAAAGAUGGGAAACUGCGUGUGGGGGGAAAUUACUCAUUUCAUGAUGAACAAGGAAUAAAAAGGGGAGAUUUAUUGGUGGCUGGUACGCUAAUUCAGUGUGCCGCCGAACGCGAUAAGCUAAAUUUACUUGCGAGAUUUGCAUCUGAACCAAGUAUAGCAAAUCUUUAUGAUGUACAGCCUUGUCAAGUUGCUGUCGAUUUCCAAGAAGAAUAUACACGAACAAAAAUACAGCUAAAGCUAUCGCCAGUCUUGCAGUCAAAACAAUUUGAAUCAUCAUUUGUUAAACACAGCCAAGUACUACGAAAAGAUGCAAGUGCGAAUGGACCUUCUGUUACUGGUGCUGGAAAAACAUUAUUAUCAUUACAAGAGCUUUUACAACAAGAUGCAGAGCAGCAGAUGGCAUUACAGGAAUGUAGAGCUGAAUUAGAACAAUUGAAACAGACGGCAACGACUUCUCAUAAUGUCAUGGGAGUUAAACAACAAAGUAUGCCAUCCAGUCAAAAAGAGAACUUCAGUGGUGAUUAUUCUGAAAAUGUCAUUAUAACUGAUAAUGAUGAAACGUUACGUCCACGUAUACAAUCACCAGUUUUUGUCACACCAAAACCAAGUCGUUCACGAAUACAAUCAGCAAGUACAGGUCGUCAUGGUUCAUCUAAACAGUCGACAUCAACUCGUCUAACUACGUCGCAAGAAUUACUUUUAUCUAAUUUAUCUAACGAAACAAAGUAUCGUCGACUUGAAAAAGAAUUACAUUCACUCAGAGAAAAAUAUGAGCAACUGUUAAAAGACCAUAUUCAUUUACAAGAAACAUCAGUUCCUAGACCAACGGCUGAAACGUUACAUUACUUUGCUCAGGUUAUUACAUGUUGCGAACCAAAACCAGAACUGCAAGCCGAAAGAGCAAGAGCCGAAGAAAAACAUUUGAAGAUAAUUGGUAUUACUGGUGAUCAAUUAAAAUCACUUCAAGGCACAGAAUGGUCAAAGACAGCCAAACAUAUGUUUUGGAAAUUAUUUUCUUACGAAGAUUGUAUAACAAUGUCAAAUCAAUCAAUAAGUGAUGAAAUACGAAAUGCAAUAUUUGAAAUUGUUCAACAAUAUCACCCAAGAGAUGUGAUACAAUUAAGUGGUACAAAUGAAGCACUGAAUGCUUGCUACCGUUAUGUGCAAUCUCAAGAAAGAAAACGUUCAGCAGCAGCAGUAGAUUCUUAUAUCUACUUUGAAUGUUUAACAAUGUCGUCAAACGUUUCUGCAAGUACAGAAAGAAGACAUCGAAGACGUCUUGCACAAGGUCUACCCAAUGAUUUUCGCGUACGUUACUGUACACAACAAUUGGGAGUGAAUGAACGGACAAGAAGAAGGCAUCACCGACGUCGUGAACAAGGUUUAGCCGUUGAUUUUAGAAGUCAUCGUCAAACAAUUGUCUUGUACGGAUCACAUAAAUCGACAAGGAAAACAGACGACAACGAUGUAGUUCGAGAUGCAUCAAAUGCAGAUGAAUGGAUGGAUAUUUGCCAUAAUAAUGAAGAAUUGAGCAAUUUUGAACAAAAAUAUAAUCGUAAUAUACAAGAAGAUAAAGAUGAUGACCGACCGUUAACAGAAAUGGAAAUUGCAGUCGGCAUGGUUUACUUUAAAACAAAAUUUAAUGUCAGCCGUGCAGCAAUUCAAUAUGUACUGUGGUUGUUAAAACGCUGCCAAGUACAAAACGUUCCCAGCAGUUAUCAAGCGAUCGUAUAUAAACUGAGAACAGCUGAAAAGAAGAAACGACAAGAACAACAAGAAUCAAAUUCAACAUUUGAUGAACUAAUCACAACAACCACAUCAUGCACAUUUUGCCCACAAUGUGGAAACAUAUCGCGUUCAAUAAAUCAUUGUCAAGAUGAAAAUUGUCAACAAUCAAUCGCCUAUGAUGAGCAGCAACCAAUUGGCUUCUUGGAAUUUGACAUUAAGCAUCAAAUAAUGCAAAUAUUACCACGGCAAGAAGUUCAAUUUACUACGCAUCUUAAUGAUGAUGUUCCCGUAUCUGAUAUUAUCAAUUCACCAUGUUAUAAACGUAUAUCGAAUAAUGAACGUGGUCGCUUUAUUACACUAACGAUGAAUGUUGAUGGCAUCGCAAUUGAUACUGCUGGUGAAACAAGUAUAUGGGUUAUAAUGUUCAUUAUUAAUGAAAUUAAAAGACAACAGCGAUAUUUAAUGUCCAGUUGUAUUAUUGGUGGCAUCUAUCCUGGAGCACGAAAACCAAACCGAAAACAAAUGUCAGAGAUGUUACGAUGUAUGUAUGAACAACUAGAAUUAUUAGAACAAAACAUUACAUAUACAUUAAAGCAUGGUGCAACUGUACGGACAAAUAAAACUAAAACAAACAGAAUUCGUGUGUUCAUACCUGGCCAACAACAAGCACCAUUACGAACAAAUGAACGAUAUGACAUGGCUAUACAAUAUAUAGAAUCAACUGAUCCAUCAUCAUUAAAUACAAUCAACAAAAAGACAAUCUUCGCACGUAAAUUGAGAGGUUAUCUGAGUUAUUGCCACCUUCGUCAACUCCAAUAUUUCAAAAUUGGCUUAUCAUGUGUGUUCGACAGUUUACACACUUUAUACCAGGGAUGUUUUAAACGUUUAUUGAGUUUAUAUUUUGAUAAAAAAAAUCGUGCAGAAGAUUAUUCAUGUUAUGAACAUACGCAAUUAUUAGCAGAACGUUUAAAACAAGUAAAAUUUCCAUCAACGACAUACCGUAUACCCAGAGCAUUAGACAAAUGGCGAAAAUUCAAAGCAAAUGAAUUAAGAACGAUGUUAUUGUUCGGUUUUGUGAUAUUUGAACAUCUGUUGGUGGCACCAUACUAUGAACAUUUGCUUUUAUUAGUUGGAAUAGCACAUUUAGCUGAAGCACGUAGAACAUAUAAAGAAUAUCCAGCUCAAAUUAAAUUAAUGGCUGAAAAAUUCAUUAUACAAUUCCCAAAACUUUACACUGCUCGCCAUCAUGUUCAAAAUGUUCAUCAGAUAUCGCACACUUCACUUUCCGUCGCUGACAACGGUCUAUUAUCAUGUUAUUCAACGUUUAGUUUUGAAUCACUUUUAGGCAUUAUAACAUCAAGCGUGAUGGGAACGAAAAAUUUUGGUCAAGAAAUUAGAAAUACAUUAGAACUAUUACAAAUUGCUCAGAUGUUGCUAUACGAGAAUGAUUUCGAUCGCCGUUUGAAAAAACUGCUUUUCACAUUAUUCACAUCACAACGAUUAUCGAUAAAAGGACAAGAAGAUGAUGCAACAUCAACAAAACUUAAAAAACCAACGACAGUGAACAAUCAACGAGAACAAAAUAAUGUUCAACGAUUUGCAUCGACAAAUAUUAAAUAUUUUUCAACUAUUUUUCAAAAUAUUUUUGUUCUUUUGCUGAAAACUGCAAAUAACGAUUCCGACUGCGUAAAUUUAAUUGACGACGUAGAUCAACUUCUUAUUCGACCAUCUCUUUACCAUCCAACAUUCGAAUAUAUUGUAUUAAUAGUACUAGAAGAAGACGAUAUUAUUUAUCUAAGAAAAACUGGACAUAGCUAUUCAUCUUAUAACAAAUUAAGUGGUCAAUCUGAAAUAUUACCUGCGCUGACAACAUAA